AUGAUGAAGAAUGCCGACAACAUUCUGACGGAGUACAGAUUCAGGAGCGGCCACAGACCCUGCAUGUCUACCUUCCAUAAGUGGAGCAGCAGUGUGUCCCCUCUUAGUACCGGCAGUACUGUGGAAACGAUAGAAAAUAUCUGCAAAGUUCAAUGUGGAAAAAGCAACGUCACCCUCGGCAACUCAACACAGACUUCAGGAACACUAACUUCGCCUUAUUACCCAAACAACUAUCCCGACAAUGCUCGGUGCAUUUGGUUCAUCACAGUUGAUGAAGGCUCCACGAUUGCCUUCCGUUUCUCUGUGUUCAAUACGGAGCAAAAAUGGGACACGUUGACCAUUGGCAACAGCCACGAGUCCUCCGAUGGUGACUCUGUUAUUGGUCUUUGGAGCGGUGUCCUGACGAAUCUAUCCGUCGUUUCCAAUAACCACUCGGCAUGGAUGAAGUUUACCAGCGAUUUUUCGGUAACCAAGAUCGGAUUCGAGGUAAAGAUCACUCAAGAAAGCUAUGAAGGUUUUUGCGGGAAAAGAAACAUCAUCCUCAACAACUUAACCCAGACUUCAGAAACACUGACUUCGCCUUAUUACCCAAACAACUAUCCCACCAAUGCCCGGUGCAUUUGGUUCAUCACAGUUGAUGAAGGCUCCACGAUAGCCUUCCGUUUCUCCGUGUUCAAUACGAAGCGAACACACGAUACGUUGAUCAUUGGCAACGGCCACGAGUCCUCCGAUGGUGACUCUGUUAUUGGACUUUUUAGCAGUUCCCUGAUGAGUCUAGCCGUCAUUUCCAAUAACCACACGGCAUGGAUGAAGUUUACCAGCGAUUCUUCGGUAACCGAGAUCGGAUUCGAGGUAAAGAUCACUCAAGAAAGCUAUGAAGGUUCUUGUGGACAGGAUGAAUUUGCAUGCCAGGAUGUAUCCUCUGGCUUGAUUUGUUUGGCACGUGACGACACCUGUGAUCGUGAUAACUUUGCACAUUGUCCAGAUGGAUCAGAUGAAUCUAAAUGCCUUCCAUGUGGAAAAAGUAACAUCACCCUCAACAACUCAACGCAGACUUCAGAAACACUGACUUCGCCUUAUUACCCAAACAACUAUCCCGACAAUGACCGGUGCAUUUGGUUCAUCACAGUUGAUGAAGGCUCCACGAUAGCCUUCCGUUUCUCCGUGUUCAAUACGGAGCGAAAAUGGGACACGUUGACCAUUGGCAACGGCCACGAGUCCUUCGAUGGUGACUCUGUUAUUGGUCGUUUUAGCAGUUCCCUUACGAGUCUAGCCGUCUUUUCCAAUAACCACACGGCAUGGAUGGAGUUUACCAGCGAUUCUUCGGUAACCGAGAUCGGAUUCGAGGUAAACAUCACUCAAGAAAGAUCUGAAGGUUCUUGUGGACAGGAUGAAUUUGCAUGCCAGGAUGUAUCCUCUGGCCUGAUAUGUUUGGCACGUGACGACACCUGUGAUGGUGACAACUUUGCACAUUGUCCAGAUGGAUCAGAUGAAUCUAACUGCCUUCCAUGUGGAAAAAGUAACAUCACUCUCAGCAACUCAACACAGACUUCAGAAACACUGACUUCGCCUUAUUACCCAAACAACUAUCGCUACAAAGCUCGGUGCAUUUGGUUCAUCACAGUUGAUGAAGGCUCCACGAUUGCCUUCCGUUUCUCCGUGUUCAAUACGGAGCGAACACACGACACGUUGACCAUUGGCAACGGCCACGAGUCCUCCGAUGGUGACUCUGUUAUUGGACUUUUUAGCAGUUCCCUUACGAGUCUAGCCGUCUUUUCCAAUAUCCACACGGCAUGGAUGGAGUUUACCAGCGAUUCUUCGGUAACCAAGAUCGGAUUCGAGGUAAAGAUCACUCAAGAAAGACCUGAAGGUUCUUGUGGACAGGAUGAAUUUGCAUGCCAGGAUGAAUCCUCUGGCUUGAUUUGUUUGGCACCUGACGACACCUGUGAUGGUGAUGGCUUUACACUGUGCCCAGAUGGAUCAGAUGAAUCUAACUGCCUUCCAUGUGGAAAAAGUAACAUCACUCUCAGCAACUCAACACACACUUCAGAAACACUGACUUCGCCUUAUUACCCAAACAACUAUCGCGACAAAGCUCGGUGCAUUUGGUUCAUCACAGUUGAUGAAGGCUCCACGAUUGCUUUCCAUUUCUCCGUAUUCAAUACGGAGCGAACACACGACACGUUGACCAUUGGCAACGGCCACGAGUCCUCCGAUGGUGACUCUGUUAUUGGUCGUUUUAGCAGUUUCCUGACGAGUCUAGCCGUCUUUUCCAAUAACCACACAGCAUGGAUGAAGUUUACCAGCGAUUUUUCGGUAACCGAGAUCGGAUUCGAGGUAAAGAUCACACAAGAAAGUUCUGAAGGUGAGUAG